GAUAUCACAAGUAGUUGAGCCGACGUAGAAGGCAGACGCAUUACAAACAUGCCCAAUUUCAAAGAUAAGGUGAUUAUCGUGACAGGCGCCAGCUCUGGCAUAGGUGCAGCUACUGCCGUGCACCUGGCCAGCCUGGGCGGACUGCUGGUAAUUGUGGGUCGCAAUGUAGACAAAUUGAAGGAAACAGCGGAUAAUAUUCUGGCUGCAGGCGGCGCGCCGGCGCUGCAGCUGCAAGCCGACAUGGACAAGGAGGCGGAUGUGGAGCAAAUCUUGGCUGCCACCCUCAAGCAAUACGGCAAACUGGAUGUGCUGGUCAACAAUGCGGGUAUCCUUGAGAUGGGCAGCAUUGAGAACACCAGCCUGGAGCAAUACGAUCGCGUGAUGAACACCAAUGUGCGUGCGCUCUACCAACUGACCAUACUGGCCACCCCGGAGCUGGUCAAGACAAAGGGCAGCAUUGUCAAUGUGUCCAGCGUGAAUGGCAUACGCUCCUUUGCCGGCGUGUUGGCCUAUAAUGUGUCCAAGGCCGCCGUGGAUCAGUUUACGCGCUGCGUGGCUCUGGAACUGGCUGACAAGGGUGUGCGGGUCAACUCAGUGAACCCGGGCGUAAUUAUUACGGAACUGCAAAAACGUGGCGGCCUGGAUGAGCCAACCUAUGCCAAGUUCCUAGAGCGCGCCAAGGAAACGCAUGCACUGGGCCGACCCGGCGAUGUGCAGGAGGUGGCGGCAGCAAUUGCAUUCCUCGCUAGCAACGAUGCCAGCUUCACAACGGGCGUCAAUUUGGCUGUGGAUGGCGGUCGUCAUGCCAUGUGCCCGCGUUAAGAUGGAAAAAAAAAAAUAUUAUGUACAUAU